AGAAGAGAUUCAGAAGAAGAAGUAACCUUUGAUUUUCAAAACUAAUAUUAUUUUUGAUGUAGACAUUUGGUAUUUUUUACAAUUAAUAAUCAAUAUUUCUUCUGUUUUUUUGCCUUUAGUACCUGUAUCAUUAUUUGGGGAAAGAAUGAAUGACAUUGGGAAAUUGCUAAUGAAAUUGAAAAAUUGUGCGGAAUAGCAACUUUACUUCUAGGGUAUUGGAAUCAAAUUUAGAGAAAUUUCACUAUUACCCAUGUUCAGUAGAAAGGACCAAUUGCUAAAGAAAACAGGAGAAAGCGGAAUUGGUAGAUACGAUUUUUUAAGGCAGCUUAUUCACGAAUUUACGACCACGACUUCAUAUGAGUGUAAGAAGCAGACUUUGUCAAAUUUAGCUAAUUUUGCUUAUGAUCCCAUUAAUUACGAGUACAUAAAGCAGCUUCAUUUGAUCGAUUUAUUCCUGAGUGAACUUUCAAAUGAUAACGAAGAGCUCAUCCAUUUUGCUCUUGGUGGUCUGUGUAAUAUUGUUUGUGACCCGGAAAGUCGAGAGUAUAUAAUAUCACUCAAUGGUGUGAAAUUGAUAUCUUCGUAUCUUCUCCAUAAAAAUGAAGAAAUAUCUCUGAAUGCCCUCACUACGUUAUUUUAUAUUUUUGAAUCAGAGAAUACAGUUUUACCUCAGGAUUUGGAACACACAAUCAUCCAGUACGAAGGACACCCUAGUCAACGUAUGAAGAAUUUGGGAAAAGUGUUCUUACAGACUUAUUUCAUGAAAAAAUGAAUAUUGCUAGGAUAUUAGUAAGAAAUUUAUGCAAUGUGGGUUUAACAUUGAAAAAAUUUGAACCUGGAGAUCAAGUAAGAAUUGAAAGGACAAUAACCAGAGAAGAUGUCGAUGCUUUCUCACAUCUCAGUGGGGAUACAAAUCCAAUCCACAUGAAGGGUUUUAAGGAGUCAGCGAUUGUACAUGGAGCUUUUUUGAAUUCACUUGUCUCUGGUGUUAUUGGUACACAGUUACCUGGUCCCGGAACAAUAGUGGUUCAACAAACAAUGAGUUUUCCGAAUAAAUGUUUUGUGGGUGAAACUGUAAUGAUUACCGUUAAGUUAAUUGAAAAUAGGAAAAUAAUGAGAGUUGAUUUUAGUUGUGAUGUUGAAAAUAAGGAGAAAACUGUUCUUUGUGGCAGUGCCAAGUUAAUUGCAAGUAAAUGAAUCUUCAGAAAACUCAGAAUUCAA